UCUGAACGUUUACAAGCUAUUAACACUUCACCUUCACCAAUUGUCAGCGUCAUCUAUGCUAUUUCUCCCUUCUAUGACAGGCCAUUUUCAACACGACUUAUGCUCGAUAAUAUAUUACCUUGAAGAUCCUGUCGUGAGUGGUGGACGACAGUGGCAGCUGGGUUUCCACUUCUUCUUCUGUCUUAUGAUUGGAUUUUCUGUAAUGGUAAGACCGUAGGUGUUCUGUAUAAUUUGGUCUCCCAACAAAUCAGUGAUUUGGAAUCAUCUCUUCCCUUCCGUUUCCUUUUGUUUAUGGAGAUUUAUGCUUUCUUUCUCAUUUAUAGUCAACGCUCAUCUUUUUUCCCUUUAUGAUGGCACCCAUGCAUUUCAGAUGUUUUUAGUUAGUGAAUUCCCAACCUAUUUCAUGGGCUGGAAUCAUUCCAUGUGCUUAUAUUGGCCAUCAAACUGAGUGGCGAGUGUUGUACUUGAAAAGAAUGACAACAUUGACAAGUGACAAUGGAGGAGGGAGAUGCGAAGGUUAGGGUUCAGAAACCCAUAUCGGGUCUCGGGAAGCUUCGGAGAUGGAGGGAAUCCGAAUGUAGAAUGCGAAACGCACCGUGUAGCAAACCCAAUGAAACGCACCGUAUCAUUUUCCACAUGGAUUCCGUCAGUUUUUCGUGCGCAAGUCCCCUGCAUCCAUCAUUUUCCUUUUUCGGUUUUCCUCUGUUUUGGUUUGACGGCAUAAUUGCUCAAAGGGGAAAAAAAAAGUUGUCAAGGGAAUCCGCGUUUCGUCGAGUCCUAAGAAAGAAAACUGUUGUGGUUGUGAAGAAAACACCUCUUACUUCGUAAAAGAUGCUACAAUUUCGUAGGUUCCUGCAAGGAAAGAAGGAAGGAAACACUCCAUCGUAUACGUAGGAAACUGCUUGUUCUCCCCUAAUAAAUACAGCAGAGCAGAGAUAGGCAAUCCUCCACAAUCACAAUCCAGGGUUUUAAAUAGAGAAGAGAAAACGAAAACCAAAAAGGAAUCUCAUUUGGGCUUGAGAGAGAGAGACAGAUGGGGAACUACUAUUCGGACGUGGAAGGAGGAAAGCAAGCCGUGGGUGGGGUCCAACAGAGCCCCACAGCUACCAACAACAACAAUGCUGGCCACAAUGACGCCGUUGAGUUCUUCUACAGGUCUCGGGGUCUCCAUCAACGCUUCGCCCGAGUCGAGUUAUCCCUAUCAGCAAUUAACUUGCGAGAUCGUGACAUCAUUUCAAAGAGUGAUCCCAUGGCAGUGGUAUAUGCGAAGAAUAUAGAUGGAAAACUAGAGGAGUUAGGCCGCACUGAGGUUAUACUGAAUAGCUUGAAUCCCACGUGGAUAGAAAAAGUUACAGUUGCAUUCCAGUUCGAGAUUGUACAGCCAUUGGUAUUUCAUGUAUAUGAUGUUGAUACCAAAUUUCACAAUAUACCUUUGAAGACACUGAAAUUGAAGGAUCAAGAUUUUCUUGGAGAGGCCACGUGUGUUCUAUCAGAGGUACUUACCAAACAAAAUCGGAGUUUAACCCUUAAUCUUCGUAGUAAAAUUGGGCAUGUGGGUUUGAGGAACUUAGGGGUGCUCACCAUCCAUGCAGAGGAAACAGUUGCUUUAAGGAGGGUUGUUGAGAUGAUGCUCCAUUGUUCUUACUUGGAUAACAAGGACAUAUUUUCUAAAAGUGACCCUUUUCUAAGAAUAUCUAGAAUUAUGGAGAGUGGAGGCUCCAUUCCAAUAUGCAAGACUGAAGUAGUGAACAACAAUUUAAAUCCAAAAUGGAAACCCCUAUGCCUGAGUGUGCAGCAGUUUGGAAGUAAGGAUAACCCACUGAUUAUCGAGUGCUUUGAUUUCAAUAGCAGUGGCAAACAUUCGCUUAUUGGUAAACUUCAGAAGUCAGUGGCCGACCUAGAAAAACUUCAAGAAGGUAGAAGUGGUGAAAAUCUUACUAUAACAUCUCAUCAUGGUCACAAGAAGGUUUUGAAGGGAGAGCUCUUUGUGGAUCAAUUUUGUGAGAAGGAACAAUACAGCUUUCUUGAUUACGUUUCUUGUGGAUUUGAGCUGAACUUUCUUGAUUACGUUUCUUGUGGAUUUGAGCUGAACUUUAUGGUUGCAGUUGACUUUACAGCCUCAAAUGGAAAUCCUCAGAACCCAGAUUCUUUACACUACAUUGAUCCUUCCGGCCAGUUGAAUUCUUAUCAGAAGGCUAUAAUGGAGGUUGGGGAGGUUAUUCAAUUUUAUGAUUCUGAUAGGCGCUAUCCUGCUUGGGGCUUUGGUGGGAAAACAUUUGAUGGAACCAUCUCACAUUGCUUCAACCUGAAUGGAAGCGCAGGUAGCUUUGAGGUCGAAGGAGUUGAAGGCAACAUGUCUGCUUAUGCAAGUGCUCUACAUAAUGUUACUCUGGCAGGACCAACGUUGUUUGGCCAAGUGAUUAAAACAGCUGCUCAAAUUGCAAGCCAAUAUGUUUCAUACAACAGCAAAAAGUACUUCAUCUUGCUAAUUAUUACGGAUGGAGUCCUUACAGACCUUCAAGAAACGAAAGACGCUUUGGUGAAGGCAUCUGAUCUUCCACUAUCAAUUCUUAUAGUGGGAGUGAGAGGUGCAGAUUUUGGACAAAUGGAGGUCCUUGAUGCUGAUAAAGGACAACGAUUAGAGAGCUCUACAGAUCGUGUUGCUACACGUGACAUCGUACAGUUUGUUCCAAUGUGAGAUGUUCAUGGUGGGCAGAUUUAUGUGGUCCAGGCUCUUUUGGAAGAGCUACCAGGACAGUUCUUGAUGUACAUGCGGUGCAGAGAUAUCAAGCCAUGCCCUCUCCAUGAAGCCCAAGUGUCUGGUACUUAAGUAUAAGUACCAACUCCACAAAAGGUCGAUAUAUAUUUCGACGACACGCAUAGGUUGGAUAAGGGUCUAAUAAGGUAUGAUAUAUACCGCUGAUCAACAACAACUGCCAAGGUUUUCUCAAGGUUGUCCCACCGAUAGAUUGACCUGCCUGAAAGUAGGUAUUGUUUCCUUUUUCCUUCAUGGGUGUGGGCAAGGAGUUACAGUUUAAAUGCCAAGAGCGAAAUAGGAGGGUAUAUGAGAUUGUUCAAUGUCCCUCUCUCCCCCCUCAAAAGAAACCCCCACCGAGAGCCUCUUCUUUUGCUCCAAAUUUUUUUUUAAUCCACUCAAUCCAUUAAAGGCCAGAUACAUUGUAUUUCAUCCAUUCCACAAUCUCACUUGCACACCACCAAUGGAAGCGUUAGUUCUUCAUCAACCUCUUUCACCAUCCAAAAGAAGUCUUCCGCAUGUGCGUGGUUGUCAAAAGCCAUUUGCUGCACAUGUAACAAUUACCACAUGCAUGUCGCCCAUAUGGUAUUGAUUUUGGCCUUUUUUUUAAAGCCACUCUCUUCUAGUUGGCCUCUGGUUGGCUUACUAGCAUUUUUUUCCUUAUUUUCUUGAUUUUUUGUCUUUUAUUUCAAGAACUUUGAACUUCAAAUCUAGGCUUUAAUUGCAGCCAUGCAUGCACCACCCAAAUGUCUCCUCAUUCAGUUUACGACUCACUCUUCUACUGUUUUGAUCAAUGCGUGCAUGAGCCAUAUGUGUUGUUGUCUGUACAUGCAUGGUCCUCAUGUAUUGCCACACCACCACAGCGUACUCUCCCCUUCACGGCCCUGCCUAAUCUAUACCUACACUUCUUUAACUUUUAUCUCAUUGUUUUUCGUCAACUAUGGGACAGACUAAUUAUUUGAUACCAAUUUUUGAGUCGUGUUUAUUUUCUUGUUUUAUCAGUUUUUUUAGGGUGAUCGAUGGGAUAUCCCAUCCCCUCAAGUUGUAUUCAUAUUUUCUUUACUAAUGUAAUAAUUUCGUCCCGAAAAAGGGAGCAUAUAUUCAAAGAAAGUGGUAAGUGUAUCAAUAUUAUUCGACUGUGAGCUUUUACACCAAGUUUUUCUCUUAUAACAUA